CCCCGCGACCUGCCCCCAUCCUCGUGGGGGUCUGCACUCGGGGAGUGGUUCACACCCGUGAGCUGUCACUGCCUGCUGGGCUACGAGUUCCAGCGCGUGGGCCAGCUGCGCUACAAGUGCAUGCUCAACCCCGAGCGGUGGCAGCGGGCCUUCUUCGUCCUGCAGAAAGCCCACCUCUUCAUCUGCCCCGCCGAGGAGGACGAGGCUGAGGACAGCAUCAACCUCCGGCGGCUGCAGGAGCUCAGUCUGGUUCCCUCCACAGAGACCCCGGAGAAGAAGGAGCUGCUGAUCCUGGUGGAGAUGGGAAGGACGUUUUACCUGCAGGGCUUGUCGCGGGCGGACUCGGCGGCGUGGUACGCCGACAUCCAGGCGUCGGCGGGUGGCCGGGGUAACGCGCUGCGGGACAGGCACCGCUCUCAGGGCACCAGCCCCGUUGAGGAGUUUCUGGGCAGGAUCGGGCCCCCAUGACUCCGUGUCCCGGUCCCAGGGCUGCGGCACGAGGGGAUUUACCGCAAGAACGGAGCCAAGUCCCGGAUCAAGGUACUGAUGGAGGAGUUUCGGCGGGACGCCCGCAACGUCAAGCUGCGCAUCAACGACAACUUCAUCGAGGACGUCACCGAUGUGCUGAAGAGGUUCUUCCGUGAGCUCGAGGACCCCGUCUUCACCCUGGAGCUGCACCCACAGUGGAAGGAGGCUGCAGAAAUCUCCUCGAAGCCCCAGCGCCUGGAGCGGUACAAGGAGCUCAUCCAUCGCCUGCCUCGCCUCAACCACAAGACCUUGGCUGCCCUGAUCGGGCAUCUCUAUCGGGUGCAGAAAUGUGCAGACCUCAACCAGAUGAGCACCAAGAACCUGUCACUGCUCUUCGCACCCAGCCUCUUCCAGACCGAUGGCAAAGGGGAGCACGAGGUCAAGGUGAUGGAAGACCUCAUUGACAACUAUGUCAGCAUCUUCAAUAUUGACGAGGACCAGGUAUCCCAGAUGGAUCUGGAGAACAGUCUGAUCACCACCUGGAAGGACACCCAGCUCUCACAGGCAGGGGACCUCAUCAUCGAGGUUUACCUGGAGCAGAAGCUGCCCGACUGCUGCGUCACCCUGAAGGUGUCCCCCACGAUGACGGCAGAGGAGCUCACCAACCAUGUGCUGGAGAUGCGCAAUGUCGCGGCCAGCCUGGACAUCUGGCUGACUUUCGAGGCCCUGGAGAACGGGGAGUUGGAGCGGCCACUACACCCCAAGGAGAAGGUGCUGGAGCAAGCUUUGCAGUGGUGCAAGCUCCCGGAGCCCAGCACCGCGUAUCUGCUGGUGAGGAAGGUCCCCAUUGGCGAGGGCAGCUGUCUCUUCACAGGCAUCAAGCGUGAGACCCCCAAGUGUGGGCUGCUGAAAUGUCGCGAGGAGCCCCCCAAGCUGCUGGGGAACAAGUUUCAGGAGCGCUACUUCGUCAUCCGGGACCGGAGGCUGCUGCUGCUCAAGGAGAAGAGGAGUGCCAAGCCGGAGCGCGAGUGGCCCCUGGAUGCAGCCAAGGUUUACAUGGGCAUUAGGAAGAAGCUGAAGCCACCAGCCCAGGGGGGUUUCACAUUGACCCUGGACAAGCAGCAGCUGUACCUGGUGUGUUCGGGGCAGGCUGAGCUGUGGGACUGGACCACCAGCAUCCUCAAGGCUCAGCACGAUGACCUGCGCCCCGUGAUCAUGCGCCGGCGUUCCUCCUCCGACCUCGCCAAGCAGAAGUUCGGUACCAUGCCGCUGGUGCCCCUGCAUGGGGACAGCACCGACACCACCAUGCUCUCUGCCAACCAGACCCUGCGCCGCCUGCACACGCGAAGGACUUUGUCCAUGUUCUUUCCCAUGAAGAUGCACCAGGACUCCCUGGAGGAGCAGCAGGAGAAGGAGGCAGACACCGAUCCUGUCUACGAGGAGGUGGGCAACUUCCCUGAGUUGGCUGCGCUGGAUCUGGAGCGGGGGCUGCUGGCAGACCUGUCGGCCGUGCCCCCCGUGGACAGUGCCCCGUCCCCCGGGCAGCCCCCGGCCACGGCACUGCGCUCCUCGUUGCCCGCCAGCCCGGCCCAGAGCGUGGCAGGUCCUUCCGUCACCAAAGCCCUGUCCCUCGAAAGGGGCUUGAACCUGGAGAGCGACAAAGCUCCAGCCCAGGGGCUCAGACCCACCAAAACGGCCUCUCUGGAGAGGAACAUGGAGCCUUCCCUGGCGCUGGCUAGUGACUGGCACCAGGGGGCCACACCGGGGAGCAGUGCCAGCCCAGAGACCUCCCUGGAGACCCCCAAGAAGAGGCACAUGCAGCCUCCCUCGCCCAUCAACGACAAACUCAUCCAGGAGCUCAGCAGCGUCAUCCUGAGGAAGAGCGAGGGCCAGGCACCGGGGUCAGGCCAGCCGGUGACGUGA